CAAAUCCAACUGCCCAGCGAUCCAUCACCACCGGGUGGUCCAAGAAAAGAAGCUGAUCCGCCCGAGGAUGCCUACAUUUGCGAUAGUUGUGAAUUUGUCACUAUUUACAAAGGUAACAUGAAGAGACACCUCAACACCUGCCAUCCUGCUCCUGAUUGCAAGGAUCUCAAAAGAGUGGGAUCGUAA